GCAGCCAUUUUAAUUUCAUUCAUUGGAUUUUACUGUUUUGGAUUUUUUGACGACGAAAUUGUGUCAGUUAUUGUGUUUUAACGACUAAUGUUAAACAAAACGUGAAAAUUAUUGAUCACAACGAAUUCGAUACGAACAAGUUACAUUUAUAGAAUCUGCGCAAUAGUUAAAACCUGUAACAUAAUUUUGUUAUGAAUCGUUAAACAUCCUUAGAAUCUCAUAUAUUGAAAGUAGUGUAAAUUGUUGCAAACAUGGAAUCUCCAAGACAGUCAGAUUCUGAUACAGUUGAGUAUUGGAAGAAACAAGCAAAGCAUUAUGAACAAAAGGUCAUCGAUUUACAACAAGAAUUGGACGAUUACACCGAAAACUCAGCGCAACUUGAAAAGGAAUUAGAAGCAUCGUUAGUACAAGUUGAGAAACAAAACAGAGAUCUUGAACAUCAAAAUCAGCGAUUGAAAAACGAAAUUGAAAUGCUAAGGAACAAAUUGGAAAGAAGUCAGCAUGAAACAAAUGCCUUAGAGAAUGAACUACAAGCAUUAAAAAUAGAUAAAGAAAAACAAGGGGUUUACAUCAGGGAGUUAGAACAAAAAAAUGAUGAUUUGGAGAGAGGUCAGAGAGUAAUAUCAGAAUCAGUGUCAUACAUUGAAUCACUGUUAAACCAAGCAUAUGAGAGAAAUGCUGUCCUGGAGAGUGAGGUUGAUGAAGUGGAGAAUUUGAGGAUCAGACUGCAAAGAGCAACAGAUGAAGCUAGAGAUCUGAAGCAAGAACUGAAGGUAAUGGAAAAGGUUCCCAAACCAAAGAAGGGAGAUGACAGUACACUUGAUAGCUCCUUAGUCAAUGGACAUAUUUCAAACCCAACUCGGACUCAAGUUGAGAUAGAAACACAAACUUCUCUGAUGUCACCACAAAAACGUGAAAUAAAUGGCAACGGAAUGACACCAUCAUCUCGGGUAACGGCCAUAAAUAUAGUGGGCGAUUUACUACGCAAAGUGGGGCUUGAAAGGUUUCUUUGCCGUGAAUGUGGUAAGAUAAAAUGCUCCUGUGACACGCCUGCAGCUGCUUCUCAAAUAACUACGCCGAGCGACUCCACCGCCACAGAGAAUGGAUUGCCUAGCAAUGACUUAGAUACUGGCGGGCCUGUCGAGUACAGGACCCAAAAAGUACUUUACGUACGAUCACAUUCAGGAUCUGAACAUAGUUCUAUAGCAAAGAACUCGCCUGUUUUAACAAACCGCGCAUCUGAACAACCGUUUGUGCGUUCCACACAAGCAGAGAGUGGGAAAUUGAGAAGAUCAUUUGCCGUACGGUCCCGAGAGGGCUUAGAGAAUUUGUUAAGUUUCGCUUCUAUUAGAAAAGGGCAUGAUCAGUCAAAGAAAGCUUUGGAAUCAAAGUUAGCGUCGUGUCGCGGUACAGUUAGACCUAAAGAACAUUCACCAAAUUCAGCCUCGGAUGUGAAUAAGGACUACAGGUGUGUACUCAAGAACUAGAUACGUCCAUCAUAUCAUCACUUCUGUAUCGCGACGUGCCGCCCGCGCCCGCGCCCGCAGCGUUUAGCUUCUAACAUAGUGUGAUACUAUAUCGAGCGAAUCUUCAAACAUCGCUUAUCUUGCUGAUCAUAAUGAAUUCAACUCGAGUACUGUGAUCAUAAUCACAUUUUUCCUAAUUUUACUAAUAUCUGUGAUGAUAAUGAAAUAGUUAAGGAUCGGUAUAUCUAUGUGAACGGUUUUGGCCUACCCACCGGAGGACUAGCACUGUGUGAAUUACAUACCGCACAUCAUGUUUUUCAUCAAGUUACUAGCUUCACGAAACAUGUGUUGUUUCUAUAAUAAAUUUAUGAUAAUAAAAAUUAAUGCGUCCAUCUUGAAAAACAAAAAAAAA